AUGGCACCGGCCCGUAGCCUCCGCCCUCGAGGUACCAUGAAUGAGAAUGAUGAAAACGGACCCUCGACGCGUCUGACGCGGGCGAAGGCCGCCCUCGGUGAUGGACCUGCCGACGCCGUCAAGAAACCUACGCAACCCGUCAAGCGUGCCUUGUCAACCGCGAACGGAAUCCCCCGCCGUCGAGCCGCCCUAGGCGAUGUGAGCAACGUCAACAAGACUGAAGGAGCCGAGGUCAAGGACGGCAAGAAGCCCACUGUCAAGGCUGUGUCUUCAAAGACCACUACCCAGGUUGGGGCUAUUCAGAAGGUCACUCGCAACAGCUCAACACGUGCAGGUCCUCUCAAGCCUCGCGAUCCCAACAGGAAGUCUCCCAAGAAGCGCAACCCAAAGUCGGACAAAUCGCAGAUAGAGAUCGUGGAGCCCCCGCAUAAGAGGCACCAUCCCAACCCACCGACUCAGGAGGAAGUACCCGUCAAGGAUGAGCCCAUUACCAAAGGAGAGAAGGACGCCCCCGUCAAAGUCGGACCUACAAAAGAAAAAGAACCUACGCAGGAGUGGGAGGACCUGGAUGCGGAGGAUCUGGAGGACCCAUUGAUGGCUGCCGAAUAUGUUGUUGAGAUUUUCGAUCACCUGCAGGAGCUUGAGAUUUUGACCAUGCCCAACCACCAGUAUAUCGAUCACCAGCCCGAUUUGGAGUGGAAGAUGCGUGGUAUCCUGGUCGACUGGUUGAUUGAGGUCCACACCCGUUUCCGUCUGCUUCCCGAGACUCUCUUCCUCGCUGUCAACAUCAUUGACCGAUUUCUGUCUGCUGAGGUUGUUGCUCUUGACCGUCUACAGCUUGUUGGUGUCACUGCCAUGUUCAUCGCGUCCAAGUACGAAGAGGUUCUGUCUCCCCAUGUCGCCAACUUUAGCCACGUCGCCGAUGAAACCUUUUCCGACAAGGAGAUCCUGGAUGCUGAACGCCACGUCCUCGCAACCCUCGACUACAACAUGAGCUUCCCCAAUCCCAUGAACUUCCUCCGUCGUAUCUCCAAGGCGGACAACUACGACAUCCAGACCCGCACUCUAGGCAAGUACCUGAUGGAGAUCAGUCUCCUUGAUCACCGAUUCAUGUGUUAUCCCCAAAGCCACAUCAGUGCCGCUGCUAUGUACCUUGCGCGUCUCAUUUUGGAGCGUGGGCCCUGGGACGCUACUCUUGCCCACUAUGCCGGAUACACCGAGGAGGAGAUUGACCCUGUCUUCCGCUUGAUGAUCGAUUACCUGCACCGUCCUGUUUCGCAUGAAGCUUUCUUCAAGAAAUACGCCAGCAAGAAGUUUAUGAAGGCUUCCAUCCUGACACGUCAAUGGGCCAAGAAGUACCACCACCUGUACAUCGACAGCUCGCUUUCGGAGCCGUACACCUACAUCAAGGACAGCGAACAGUAA